AAUUGUAUAACAUUUAUUAAAAUAAAAAUGGACCCAGAGCCACAAGAAGUGAAACAAGUGGAGGCUGAGGCAGAAGUGGUCAACACAGAACAAAAAAAUGAAGAAGUAAAAGAAACUACAACAGAGAAAAUUGCCACUGAAGAAACUAAAGAAAAGGAAGAGGAGGAGACCGGCAAGGAAUUUGGCUACUUGCAGCGCAAUGAAUUUACUUCAGAAAUAUACAAAAUUGAAGUGCGGAAUUUGGGCUACUUUGGCAUAGGAGAAUUUAAAAAGUUGCUGAAAAACAAACUGAAGUUGGAUAUGGCCAAAGUGAAAUCUCCCUUGCGCAAAGAAUUCGCUUUUGUAUGCUUUCGCAGUCAGGAAGAUCAGGAAAAAGCCAUACAACUGUUAAAUGGCUACAAAUGGAAGGGCAAAGUCUUGCAAGCCACGGUGGCCAAGGCAUCUGCCGAUCCCUUGCAAAGGAAAAGGAAAGAAGAUGGCCAAGCUGACGAAGGACGUGCUGGCGACAACAAAAAACAACGCACUUCUGCCGAUGCCACUUGUCCCUUGGCCCACUUAAGCUAUGAAGAGCAACUAAAAAAGAAAUAUUACGAAAUGGAAGAGCUUAUCAAAAAGUUUACUCAAGAUUUGAAAAAAAUCAACCGAGAUGCCAAACCCUAUUUACAGAAUUUCAAAUAUGAAGGUGCUUUAGCCUCCCCUCAAAUAGACGGUUAUCGCAAUAAGAAUGAAUUUACGGUGGGUAAAAAUAGUAAUGGUGAUAUUGUGGUAGGUUUCCGCCUAGGCAGUUAUGCUGAUGGUUCAGUGGAAGUAGCGGAAGUAGAGUCUUUGCCACACAUUCCCAAGGCAGCCAAAUGGGCGGCAAAAUCGUUCCAAGAUUUUGUCAAACAAUCCAAGUUUGAACCUUUCAAUCCCGAGGGCAAUGCUGGCCAUUUCCGGCAAAUAAUGGUGCGCACUUCCAAGCUCACCCAUGAACUUAUGCUGGUACCAGGCCUCUACACCUCCAAUUUGACAGAGGAGGAAUUGCAACAAGUUAAAAAAGAGUUAAUAGAAUACUAUGAAAACUUAUCCUACAAGGACGAGGAGGAUGAGGGUAAAGAAUACAAAUGCACCUCUUUGUAUUAUCAAGAUGUUAAACAUCGCGAAGUGGGACAAAUGGUAUCACCGGUCACACAUUUAUCGGGUACCACACACAUAAGAGAUUCCAUACAAGAUUUGGAAUUUAGAAUAAGUCCCUUGGCCUUCUUUCAAAUUAACACAGCCAGUGCCAAUGUUUUAUAUCAAAAUGCCAUUGAUUUGGCGGCACCUAAAGCUCACUCUACAGUUUUAGAUAUUUGCUGUGGCACCGGUACCAUAGCUUUGGCUUUUUCGAAACACUGUAAACAGGUUUUGGGUGUGGAAAUCAUACCAGAUGCCAUUAAGGAUGCCGAGUAUAAUGCCGAGAAGAAUGGUAUUACAAAUUGUAAGUUUUAUACAGGCAAUGCUGAUGAUUAUAUACAGUCGAUGGUGAAGGAGGUGGUGUAUGGUACUGCACCGGGAGAGCCUUUGGAUUUGGUGGCAGUUGUGGAUCCUCCAAGAGCGGGAUUGCACAAUCGCUCAAUUCUGGCCAUACGAGCUGCCUCGGCCAUUAAGCGUUUGGUAUACAUUUCAUGUAAUCCCCAUAGGGCCCAACGUAACUGGAUCGAAUUGGGCCGUCCCGAAUCGAAACAAUAUAAAGGUGAACCCUUUUAUCCAGUAACAGCCGUAGCUGUUGACAUGUUUCCUCACACUACACACACUGAAAUGAUUGUACUAUUCGAAAGGAAAAGCUCGGAAGAAACUGAAAAGAAACAAGAGAAUAAAGAAAAAGUUGAAACAAACACAACAGAAAAACCACAGGAACCUAAACAAGAACCCAUGGAGCAAGAAACUCUAGAGCUUAAACACGAUUUAGAGGAAAAAUCGAAAGAAGAAAGCAAUGAACCUGAGGCUGCUGCUGGCAUUAAAACGGAAGAAGAAAAUGGAAAAUAAGUUGGAAGUUCUUUUUGUAACAAAUUAAUAACACAAACAUGUAUUGUAAGUUUAAUUUUUAUAUUAAUUCAAAGAAUUAAAGCAAAAAAGUAUAUCAUCCAUCCUAUA